AUGAUGGGAAUAAUAAUUCUCUUCAGCAUUUUCCUCAUCGCGCUUACAAUAUUGCUAAGAGCCCUGCAGGGUACAAGUGGAAAUGCUAAAGCGAUCCAAAGGGGCAAUGAUAAAGUUAAGGGCAAAGGUAAAGAAGCCCCUAAAAAAAAAAAAAAAAAAGAUAAUGGUACUACAAAAUGUGUUGCCAAUACGCACAGAAGUGUAGACAGAAGAACUCCGCAUGUGAUGUUUGAUAAAACUGUUUUUUCGCUCAAGGGUAAUAACUACCCCGUAAGUGUAUGCCUAAAUGGAGAAUGUGGAACAAUUGCCAUCAGCUGCAACAACGGUAAUUUGCAAUUCCACAAGAUUGGCAAAGAUGGUUCGAACAAAAUAACCCUAAGCAAAAAUCUAGACGAGGUGUACAGUUGCAUAGCCAUAAACGAAGAGGCAACAUAUCUGGCAGGGGUGAACGAAUUAUACUCAACGCUACGAAUUUUUAAAAUAGGAAAAGUGGAACAAAGUAUCAAAAGCAUUUCUCCAUCACUGGAAGGGAAAACAGAAUUGCACAAGAAAGAUGUGAAAUUCCUGUACAUUCAUAAAAGCUCUUUUAUAAUUACCGGAUCGGAGUUGGAUGAGACGGAGGUAAAAAUAUGGGACAUGAAGGGAGAUCUUUUAAAAAUCGUCAGCAUCAAACAGGUUUAUAAUUACGACUAUGCUGUUUCGAAGAUGGCUAGAUUCUUCGCAGUCGCCUGUUGGUCCCCUGAUAUCAAAAUUUUUGAGAUAAAAGAAAAGGAAAAUUAUUUUCACAGCAUAGACAAAGUCAUGGAUUUAAAAACCAGUUCGGGAACCAAGUGUGUCUGCUUCAGUGACAACGAGGAAAAGGCAUUCCUAAUUGACAAGAAUGGAAUUCUCGCUACGUAUAAUUUGAACGUGCGCUAUAAGCUCCAAGAGGAGUCCAAAAUUUUGUACAAAAAGGAUUUGAAGGAAUAUCACUUAGGAGAUUUCUCCAGAAUGUGCCUGUCGGGUGAUUCGAAUCACAUCAUCACAACUUCUGGGUGCAAUGUGUUAAUUCUGAAGCAGGACGAUUUACAGCUUGUAAACAAAAUAAUGGAUGCCCAUCAGGAUGAGAUUUUUGGAGUCCUCCCCAUGCCAGGCACAUCCCGUUUUGUUACAUGGGCGAAUGAUGGCACUGUAAAGCUAUGGGAUACCUCCAAAAAAUAA